AUGGCUGGCAGAAAAAAGCAGCAGCCUUUGGGCAAACCCAGGAUCCGAGCCAGAACUACAACUUCUGUCGCGGAGCUUCUCCCAAAAGGCAGGAGAGAAGCACUGGACGAACUCCCUUCGACUUCUUUUCUGGUCCUGAAGCUAUCUCCAGAGAAAUUAUCGCACUUCCCAAUGACUUCGCGAGAAUGGAGGCCACAUGUGCCAGCUCCCGAGAAGAAUGAAGAUGAGGAGACGAAUUCCUCCGCCCAGAGUGUGGCGCCUGCCGCCGAAGAGUGGACGCCCGAAACCGCCAAUAACGGCGCCCACGCAGUGUCCCCAGAGCCUUCUCGGGCGAACCAUCCGAAGCCCAAAGGCAAGUCCAGGCUGCACACUCCGGCGCAUCAUGCAAAGCGACGCGCCAAAUCCAUUCUCUCCACGAGAAAAGCCCACAGACGUCAGACCAGCGCUGCCGCAUCUAAACCUCCGAAGAGAGUACGACUCGCUCCAGAACCUGAGGUGCAGCAGAUCAACGACACCUACAUCGACUCGGACGAGGAGAAUACUGAGCCUCAACCGUCCUCCAACGACACCGAACCCGAUGGCCAUGACCUGAUUCCUUCCUACAACUACGACGUAGCCCGAGGAGACGGCGACACCGGCGGCGACGACGAUAUGUCGGACGCUGCCAAAAAUGGCUCGCAACGCCCGCAGCUUAAACUCAAGCUGAGUAAACCACAGAUCCCUCCAGCAGGGGCGCCUCCUCUGGUACAAACGCCCGUACCCACGAGCGCAGUCCGCACGCCAUCCAUCAAGCUCAAACUCGGCACCCCAUUGAAGGGCCCGGAAAACGCGCCCAAGCCUGCCCCUUCAGAGACAAUGUCGGUUGGUGCCUCGGGCUCCUCAUCUAAAAAGAAACGCAAGAAACAACACAUGCCGAGCGACUCUGAAGAUGAUGAGAUCCCCAUCCGAGCGCCUAAACCUGUUAUACGAAAGAUCACACUAAAUACACCGAGCCAACCUGCCCCGCCGCCAAAACCUACAACAGCGCCGACGUUGUUCAAGUUGAAAGCGAAGGGCAAGGCGCCCAAGCGCCCGAUUGGCGUGGGCUAUGAUUCGGAACUUGACGAGCGCGAGGCAGACCCCAUGAUCCAUGAAGGCUUCGUACUACGCAUGCAACCAGGCCCUGAUUGCGAUUAUCUACGCAAAGCUAUCGAGGAUGGCACGGUGCACCUGCCACGUUCCAAAGGAGGCGCAGACGUCAAGAUGAGGAUGCUAGAUACGCUGGGCAGACGGGGCAUUCUGAUUAUUAGAGGUAAUCAGUAUGCCAUAACGAUGGUCGACCUGCCCUGUAUUAUCGAGGGGAUGAAGUCGUGGGAUAAAAAGGGCUGGAUCAAGAGUAUAGAUGUCUGCCAGAUGCUGCUGGUGCUGGGCAGGUGUAACACAGAUGAAGAAGCGAGGAACUAUCCCCUUCCGGAGGAUGUCGACCCGAAGAAUUACCAGUACGCGCAUGGGUUGACAGCGCCAAUGAAAUGGGUGAGGAAGCGCCGGUUCGCAAGGACGAAGCGGACACGAGUGGAUGACAUUGAGUCUGUGGAACGACGAGUCAAGGCGUUGCUCGAGGCCGAUAAGGCGGCGAGUUCGGUUCGUUAUCAGCUUCUUGACCACGAUCCUCGGCUCGAUGAGGAGCGGUAUAGUUCUGGUCUGGGCGAGGACGAGGAUGCUGAGGCCGAGGAAGAUGACGAAAUGGACGGCUACUUCUCGCUGCAGAACGGUCAGCAUGCUCCUGCCGUGGAGACGCCCAUGUACACGGAGACCCCGGUCGAAGAUAUUGGACAGGAUGAGGUUGACGAGUUCGAGCGGAUGUUUGCUGGUGAGGAUGAGCCUCCGGCCGUGGAGACUGCAGUACAAGCACGAAAUACAUUGCACAUCCCCGAAGCCGGUGACUCCUCGUUUGCAGUGACAAGCACAUCGGCAUCGCCCUCGGCAACCGCGGCGCACACCCCGGCUUCUGCGGCCGAGCAGUCGUCGGAUGAAGACGAGGACGACGAAGGCGGUGAAGAGGACGAAGAUCUUGACGACGCGGAGAAGGAAGGUGACGAGAAUCUGCAACAGGUCAAGGAUCGGAUUGAAGAUAUGCAACAGAAGAUUGCAGAGCAGACCGAGUUACUGAAGAAGACGCAGAAUGCGAUCUUGAAGAAGAAAUUGGCCCGGAAAAUCCAGGAUCUCAAGGAUGAUGUCGCCAUGAUGAAAAAGAAUGCUGGUCUUGGUGGGGACGAGGACGAUGACUAGCCGUUGCAGCGAGGUCGCCGCAGCUUGUGUGAGACUCGUUUCAUCAUCAGGUGAUGCAUUCUCGCCAGGCACGGCAUGAGCGGAGAAGGAUGACCAACAAGGAAUAUGAAUUGUAUCUUUAUGACUUCUGGCGAGCAUUAUUAAUCUUCUUCAUCCAUCCAGAGGAUCAUGGAAAUCCAGCCACGGCCGCAAUGCAUGGAAGAGGCCGAGCUGAGGUAUGUUUUGGAGCACGGACGGCAGGAAUGACUUGAUAGAUCUUUGGUGAAGUAGAGGUCUUGUUCAAUGGAUUGUAUUACC